UAAUUUUGCCUAUGGACAGAUUUUUUGAAUUGUCAAGUAAACAGUUUCAACGUUUACUUUUAACAAAACACUCAGUCGGGAGUCGUGUUGGAAAUGGAUUUAAAGUUAUUCAUAAUUAUUUUCGUUCUUUUCGGUUAUUCAAAAGCUGCCUGGAAUGUUACUUGUGAUUUCGAUUUGGAGGGAAUUGAAAAUAUAAUUAAGUAUCUACCAACUGAAUGCAUAGAAAUAUAUAAACAGGGAGUGGAUUCGGAAUUGUAUCAAGCUUCAUUGAGGGAAUACACAGCAUUUGCAGAUUUUUACAAAAAAUUAGAACGUUACGAACGGCGACCAGGUUCAAAGCCAAAUGAAGUUCCAACACAAAAUACCAAAUUAAGAUUUCAUAUUUAUAAUACAACUUUAUUGAACACUUGCGGUAUUGAUAUCGCAAAUAGGACUGAUUUGACAACGGAUGGAGAUAGGGCAAACAAAUAUUAUGAGUGUUUAUCUUUGAAGAGGGAUGAAAUGAUAAAGUUGAUUCCAAAGUGAAUCACUUGGGUAUCAGAUAGUUUAAGGUGUUAAGUUAAUAAAGUAA